AUGGCUUCCUCAGCACCGCCGAAGCGACGCACCCCCGGCCUACCAAAUCCGGUGUUGGAGGCAGAGCAACAAAAAUGGUUAUUCACCGAGGAAGAAUUUGAGCGCACGCCCUCGCGCAUAGAUAAGAUUGAACGUGGGAAGGAGGACUACAUCCGGCACCGUGCAGUCGAGUUCAUCUGGCAAGUGAGCGUGAUGUUGAAGAUGCCCCCGCAGACCUCAAUGACCGCCACGGUGUAUAUGCACCGCUUCCUCAUGCGCUAUUCCUUGAUGGGCCAAUAUCCGGAGAUGGGAUCGGACCUGAUGCACCCGAAGGUGAUCGCCGCGGUGGCCCUGUUUGUCGCGUUCAAGGUGGACGAGGCCAUGCGCCGCAUGAAAGACUUCGUCAUUGCAUGCUGCCGCGUCGCCAUGAAGCAGCCGAACCUAAUCGUCGACGAGCAGUCCAAGGACUACUGGAAAUGGCGCGACCUGAUUCUGCAGAACGAAAGCGUCAUGCUUGAAUACCUGUGCUUUGACCUACAGGUCGAGUCCCCCUACCGCAUCCUCUGGGACUACUCCGUCUUCCUAGGCGUCGGCGACAACCGGGCUUUGCGACACUCCACCUACUCCUUCCUCAACGACUCAACCUACACUGUCCUCUGUCUCCAAUUCCCACCCCGCGUCAUCGCUGCCGCGGCCCUGUACGCCGCAGCCCGCCAUUGCAAAGUCGCCUUCCCCGACGACGCCGAAGGCAGACCCUGGUGGGAGCAGAUCGACGUCCGCCUCGACGACCUCAUCCGCGCCUGCACCUUCAUUGUCAAGAUUUACGAGCGCGUCCAGCAAAGCCUCAGCAAGGGCUACCCAGAAUUUGCGCUUUCAGACUCAACCCCGAACCCCAACGACCCAACCCGCAUCUUCGACACCGAUCCCACAAAAUCCGCCUCAGAGCAACAAUCCACCUCCACCCCUCCAACCCUCACCGUCACCUCAGACACGCCUACAAAUGGCCGCAAGCGCUCACGCGAACCCGAAUCUCACCCCGACACUCAACCACACCCACACCCAUCCUCCCCACAAAACAAACCCCAUUCAACCCUCAACGGGAACGGUAACCGCGAUCGAUCCCCCAAGCGCCAGCGUACCAUAACCCCCUCCCACGAAGAAACUCCCACAACCAACCAAAAAUCAAACCCUCCAGCCCCCUCCCGCCCGCGAGUCCCCGCAGCAGCAUUAUCCCAAACAAAAGCCACGCCUCAAUUUAACUCCCUAUCAAUCACGGGUGAGAAGCCAGGAACGGGGCCAGGACCAUCUACACACUCACCUCCGAAAGAAGAGUCCAGCACCGAAGAAGGCGAACUCCCUGAAAAACAGCAGCAUGUCGUUCCAGUCGCGCUUCCCCCCCGGCCCGUUCCCCCGCCCACGGCCGAUGUGGAUUAUCGGAGUAAACUAGACUCGCAGAGAGAAGAGAAAGAGGAGGGCGAGGCUGAUGACGAUGAUCGUGCUGGAAGUGAAGAAGGCGAGAUCUAG